UGGCAACACGUGUGCCUCACCUGGGAAAACACUCGAGGGGUAACGAAACUCUAUAAAGAUGGUCAAUUUACAGAACAGGUAACGAAUCAUGCCACUAAGAAUUAUGUACUAAAGGCUGGUGGCUUCCUGGUGCUUGGACAAGAGCAAGACUCUAUUGGCGGACACUUUGAUCAAAGGCAAACCUUUCAUGGCCGAUUGGCAAGUGUCAACAUCUGGGAUAAGGUUCUGUCCGAAGGCGACAUUGCCGCUCAGUACACAAAUUGCAGCGUACCUCAUGGUUCUGUUAUUAACUGGUCUGUAUUCAAAAAUGUUACUCGUGGCAAUGUUGCAGUUGAAGAGCCGUGA